UUUACCUGAAAAAAAGACGAAAAAGAAAACCAAACCAAAAGUUAAAGUUGUGUUUAUGUUUGAUCGUUGAGUUAUUGUUAUUGCAAAGUUAAACGAGCGUUAUUUAUGAGACAUUGAGACGAAAUCCAAAGAAAUCCUACCAAAGUUAAGCGAAAAAGCCCACCACCAAAAGAAAACAUAAGUUCGAAAAUGUCGUUCUCCAAGGCCAAAUUGAAGCGUUUCAAUGACGUGGAUGUGGCCAUCUGCGGCUCGCCAGCAGCCUCCAAUAGCUCGGCUGGUUCGGCGGGCAGUGCCACGCCCACAGCGUCGACGACAGCCGCUGCUGCUGCUGCUCCUGCUCCGCCCACUGUUCAGCCGGAACGCAAGGAGCAGAUCGAGAAGUUCUUCAAGGACGCCGUGCGCUUUGCGUCCAGCUCGAAGGAGGCCAAGGAGUUUGCCAUUCCCAAGGAGGACAAGAAGUCGAAGGGACUGCGCCUCUUCCGCACUCCCUCACUGCCGCAGCGUCUGCGUUUCCGUCCGGCGCCCAGUCACACGGAUGCGGGUGCCAGCGGCAGCGGAAGUGGUGCCUCCACGGCCGCCUCAACGCCGCUCCAUUCGGCGGCCACCACGCCCGUGAAAGAGGCCAAGUCCGCCAGCCGUCUCAAGGGCAAAGAGGCCCUGCAGUACGAGAUCCGGCACAAGAACGAGCUGAUCGAGAGCCAGUUGAGCCAGCUGGACGUGCUGCGUCGCCACGUGGAGCAGCUGAAGGAAGCGGAGGCCAAGCUGCGAGAGGAGCAUGAGUUGGCCACGGCCAAAACGGAUCAGCUCAUCGAGGCUCUGACCAGCGAAAACCACUCGCACAAGGCCCUCAACGAGCAGAUGGGUCGGGAGCAGGCCGAUCUCCUCGAGCGUUUGGCUGCCAUGGAACAGCAGUUGCAGCAGCAGCGCGAGGAGCACGAAAGCCAGGUGGAGCAGCUGGUGGCCGAGAGCGAGGCCCUGCGACUAGCCAAUGAGCUGCUGCAGACGGCCAACGAGGAGCGUCAGGUGGCGGAGCAGCAGCUGCAGGCCCAACUCACUGCCCUCCAGGCGGAUGUGGCCCAGGCCCGCGAGCACUGCAGUCUGGAGCAGGCCAAGACGGCCCAGAAUAUCGAGUUGGUGGAGAAUCUGCAGCGGAACAAUGCCUCGCUGCUGGCCGAUGUGGUCCAGCUGAAGCAGCAGAUCGAACAGGAUGCCCUGGCCUACGGGCAGGAGGCCAAGAGCUGUCAGGCGGAGCUGGAGUGCCUGAAGGUGGAGCGCAACACGCUGAAGAACGACCUGGCCAACAAGUGCACCCUCAUCCGGUCGCUGCAGGACGAGCUGCUGGACAAGAACUGCGAGAUCGACGCCCACUGCGACACCAUACGGCAGCUGUGCCGCGAGCAGGCGCGCCACACGGAGCAGCAGCAGGCGGUGGCCAAGGUGCAGCAGCAGGUGGAGAGCGACCUCGAGGGCGCCGUGGAGCGCGAGAAGAGCUACUGGCGCGCCGAGCUGGACAAGCGCCAGAAGCUGGCCGAGAACGAGCUGAUCAAGAUCGAGCUGGAGAAGCAGGACGUGAUGGUGCUGCUGGAGACCACCAACGACAUGCUGCGCCUGCGCGACGAGAAGCUGCAGAAGUGCGAGGAGCAGCUGCGCAACGGCAUCGACUACUACAUCCAGCUGAGCGAUGCGCUGCAGCAGCAGCUGGUGCAGCUCAAGCAGGACAUGGCCAAGACGAUCACCGAGAAGUACAACUACCAGCUGACGCUGACCAACACGCGCGCCACCGUCAACAUCCUGAUGGAGCGGCUCAAGAAGUCGGACGCAGACGUGGAGCAGUUCCGGGCGGAGCUGGAGUCGGUGCAGCUGGCCAAGGGGGCGCUGGAGCAGAGCUACCUGGGCCUGCAGGCGGACGCGGAGCAGCUGCGCCUGCAGCUCAACGAGAGCCAGGAGGCGCUCUCCGCGCUGAGGUCCUCGUCGCAGACGCUGCAGAGCGAGGAGCGCAUCGACGGCGACGCACAGCUGGCCCACUACCACGAGUUGCGGCGCAAGGACGAGACGCGCGAGGCCUACAUGGUGGACAUGAAGAAGGCGCUCGAUGAGUUCGCAACCGUGCUGCAGUUCGCCCAGUUGGAGCUGGACAACAAGGAACAGAUGCUGGUGAAGGUGCGCGAGGAGUGCGAGCAGCUGAAGCUGGAGAACAUUGCCCUCAAGUCCAAGCAGCCGGCAUCCGCCGCCUCGCUGCUUGGCACUCCUGGCAAGGCCAACCGGUCGAACACCACCGAUCUGGAGAAGAUCGAGGAUCUGCUGGGCGACACGGAGCUGCGUUCCGACUGCGACAAGAUCACCUCGUGGCUGCUCAACACCUCGGAGAAGUGCACUGUGCGCCAGGACAGCAGCAGCGAGAUCAGCGAGCUCCUGCUCGCCGGAAAAUCCUCGCCGCGUCCCACCCCCCGCACGCCCAAGGCCGCGCCCAGUCCGCGCACGCCCCGCACCCCGCACCCCCGAUCGGCGGCCAGCACGCCCAAGAAGACCGUCCUGUUCGCCGGCAAGGAGAACGUGCCCAGUCCGCCCCAGAAGCAGGUGCUCAAGGCACGCAACAUCUAGGUCUCGGACGAUCCCUUGUACCAACUACUAUACUAUACUAUUAUAAAUUACAUACCUUA